AUGGACGCGCUCAUUCCUGUGUUUGGCAAAGUGCAGGAUGUGCUUGCAACGCUCGGCUCUGCAGCCACUAUCCCCUUGCCGCAGGUGGUGGUCAUUGGCGCCCAAUCGUCGGGCAAGUCGUCGGUCCUCGAGUCGCUCGUCGGCCGCGACUUUCUUCCGCGCGGCAUCGGCAUUGUCACCCGCCGCCCGCUAGUCCUGCAGCUGACACAUGUGGAAGAGGGCUCUGCAGAGUGGGGCGAGUUUGCACACCAGCCGGGAAUCAAGUUCUAUGACUUUGACGACAUUCGUGAUGAGAUCCAGCUGGAGACGGACCGGGAGACCGGGUCGAACAAGGGCAUCUCGCCACUGCCCAUCCGGCUCAAGGUCUACUCGCCGUCGGUGGUCAACUUGACGCUCAUCGACCUGCCGGGCAUGACCAAGGUGCCUGUGGGUGACCAGCCGUCGGACAUCGAGAAGCAGAUCCGGGCCAUGGUGCUCGAGUACAUUUCACAGGCCAAGUCCAUCAUUCUGGCGGUGACGCCGGCCAACACCGAUCUGGCCAACUCGGACGCGCUGCAGAUGGCGCGCGAGGUCGAUCCGGACGGGACCCGGACCAUUGGCGUGCUGACCAAGCUUGAUCUGAUGGACGAGGGAACCGAUGCAGUCGACGUGCUCUGCGGACGGGUCAUUCCGCUUAAGCUCGGCUUUAUUGGCGUCAUCAACCGGUCGCAGCAGGACAUUAUCAACGGGUCAUCGAUUGCGCAGGCUCUCGAGCGCGAGCACACGUUCUUUGCGCGGCAUCCUGCGUACGCCGAGUUUGCCUACCGUUGCGGGACCGGGUACCUCUCCCGGACGCUCAACAAGAUCCUCAUCUACCACAUCCGCAACGCGCUGCCUGCGCUGCGGUCGCGGAUCCACGCGCUCAUCUCAGAGACCGAAAACCACAUCGGGUUGCUCGGCGAGCCGAUCAACGCCACGUCUGAGACCGAAAAGUCGGGCCUGGUCCUCUCAUCGCUCACUCAGUUCUGCACCUCGUACUGCGCGGCGAUCGACGGGACGCGAACGUCGUUUAUCACCAACCAGCUCUCGGGCGGUGCGCGCAUCGCGUACAUCUUCCACGACGUCUUUGCCGCCUCGAUCUCGGCUGUCUCGGCCAUGGACGCGCUGACGCUGUCGGACAUCCGGACUGUCAUCCGCAACGCGACCGGUCCUCGGCGCUCGCUCUUUGUGCCCGAAGUCUCGUUCGAGCUCCUUGUUAAGCGGCAGAUUUCGCGGCUGGAGGAUCCAGCACUGCAGUGCGUCGACUUUGUCUUUGACGAGCUCCUUCGCAUCACCCGCGAGAUUGAGGACGAGGCGCUUGUCCGCUUUGGCGUCCUCCGCGCCUCCAUCCACGAAGUCAUGUCAGCGCUCCUCGCGCGGCUCAAGCGGCCGACGAUGGCUAUGAUCCGAACGCUCAUCAAGAUGGAGCUCUCGUACAUCAACACCAACCACCCAGACUUUCUGGCUGGGACCCAGGCGCUGGCGUCGCUGGCGGCGACCAACACCGGCGCGGUUGCAGGGUCGUCAGGCGCGGUGCUGAGCGCGUCGGGCGCGGCGUCGCGCCGGUCGAUGGCGAACGAGAUGAUGAGCAGCAGGUGCGGUGCGGCGCAGAGCUCGAGCGCGGGCGCCUCGCUGCCGACCUCUUCGGAUCCGGAGGGCGGCAUGUUCCUCAACGUCUUCUUUGGCCGCGAGGCCGGACAGGAGCAGGGCGCAAGCGGCAGCUCGUCGAGGACGAGCUCGGCCGGCGGGCUGCACAUUCCAACGGGAGCGGACGGGAGCGCGGCGCGCGGCGGGAGCACGAGUGGGCGGCAAACGCUCCCGCCAGCCGUCAUCCUCCGCGAGCCGCCGGCGAUGCUCAAGCCGCGGCCGACGCUCAACGAGCGCGAAAUGACCGAGACCAAGCUCAUCACCUCACUGCUGGAGAGUUACUUUGACAUUGUCAAGAAGAACAUCCAGGACUCGGUGCCCAAGGCCAUCAUGCUCCUGCUGGUUAACGCGUCGAAGGACUCGGUGCAGAACGAGCUUGUGGCCGCGCUGUACCAGCCCGACGCGUUUGACGACCUCCUCUCAGAAGUGGAGGACGUGGCGCUCCAGCGGUCGCGCUCCAAGAUGCUGCUCGCGGCGCUCAACGAGGCAGCAACAACCAUUUCGGAGGUCAUGGAGUGGGACGCUUACGAGGCGUGCGAGCCGUCAAACUCGUCGCCGAGCAGCAUUCAGCGGUUUUCGGCGCGACUUUCAGGCGGGGGCGGCGCCGCCGCCGCGCGGGCAAACUCGGCCGCGAGCACAAGCGCAGCUGCGAGCACAAGCGGGACGCCGAGCCGGCGCGAGGAUCGCGGGGCGAGCCGGCGGGAGGACCGUCGAGCGGGGCGGCGGGAGGUGCAGCGGGCGCCUGCGACGCCCAAGACCAUGCAUCCGGCAGCCAUGGAGGCAUCGCCGCUGCGGUCGCCGCUGGCCGACGUCAACCAAUGA